GUUGCUGCCGUGUCCGUUGCUGCCGAGAGCGCGCGGUGCCCUGCUGCGGUGAGCGCGGCCCCGCGGCGCUGGCCGGGAGGUUGGCCAGAGGAUGGGCAGCUGCGUCGGGGCGCGUAGGAAGCGCGGCGGGGCCUCGCCGCCCGCGCUGCUGCUGCUGCAGCCUCUCUUGGGUAGGGAGCAGCGCGAGUUCUGUACGGCUUGAGGGGCAGAGAGGCUAUGCAGGCAGUAGCAGCUCAGUCAGCAGCAGAAGAAGGAAAAAUAACAUCUGUUAUUUACCUUCUGCAAAUGGCUGUGUUUUGCCCAGACGUGUGAGCUCUCUCUAAAGCACUUGGUGCAACGUUCAAACGCAGAUCAAAUCUGUGGGACAUGGCACAAGGAAAUAACUAUGGGCAAAGCAGCAAUGGGGUGGCUGAUGAAUCCCCAAACAUGCUGGUGUACAGAAAGAUGGAAGAUGUCAUAGCCCGCAUGCAAGAUGAGAAAAAUGGGAUUCCUAUUCGUACAGUCAAAAGUUUUCUUUCCAAGAUCCCCAGUGUCUUUUCUGGUUCAGACAUCGUUCAAUGGUUAACGAAGAACUUAUCUAUAGAAGACCCAGUGGAAGCUCUACAUUUGGGAACACUGAUGGCAGCACAUGGCUAUUUCUUUCCAAUCUCAGACCAUGUUCUAACACUAAAGGAUGAUGGCACCUUUUAUCGAUUCCAGACACCCUAUUUUUGGCCAUCAAAUUGUUGGGAGCCGGAAAACACAGACUAUGCUGUUUACCUCUGCAAGCGGACAAUGCAAAACAAAGCAAGGCUAGAGCUAGCAGACUAUGAAGCUGAGAGUUUGGCCAGGCUACAGCGAGCAUUUGCUCGGAAAUGGGAGUUUAUUUUUAUGCAAGCUGAAGCACAGGCAAAAGUGGACAAGAAGAGAGACAAGAUAGAGAGGAAGAUUCUUGACAGCCAGGAGAGAGCUUUCUGGGAUGUGCACCGGCCGGUGCCUGGAUGUGUAAACACUACUGAAGUGGAUAUAAAAAAAUCUUCAAGAAUGAGAAAUCCACAUAAAACAAGAAAGUCUGUCUAUGGCUUACAAAAUGACAUUCGAAGUCACAGCCCUACCCACACACCAGUACCAGAGACUAAGCCACCCACAGAAGAUGAACUUCACCAAGAGAUUAAGCACUGGCAAAUGCAAUUAGACAGACAUAGAUUAAAAAUGUCAAAAGUUGCAGAGAGUCUAUUAGCUUAUACAGAGCAGUAUCUGGAAUAUGAUCCUUUUCUUGUGCCCCCUGAUCCCUCAAACCCUUGGAUAUCAGAUGACACCACUUUCUGGGAACUGGAGACAAGCAAAGAGCCAGGACAGCAGAGGGUGAAACGGUGGGGUUUUGGCAUGGAUGAAGCUUUGAAAGACCCUGUGGGAAGAGAGCAGUUUCUCAAAUUCCUGGAGUCGGAAUUCAGUUCAGAAAAUUUAAGGUUCUGGUUAGCAGUAGAAGACCUGAAGAAGAGACCUAUCCGUGAAGUUCCUGCUCGCGUCCAAGAAAUCUGGCAAGAAUUUCUUGCUCCAGGUGCACCCAGCGCUAUCAAUCUAGAUUCAAAAAGUUAUGAUAAAACUACACAGAAUGUAAAGGACCCUGGAAGAUACACAUUUGAAGAUGCUCAGGAGCACAUUUACAAGCUGAUGAAAAGUGAUUCUUAUCCUCGUUUUAUACGAUCCAGUGCCUACCAGGAGCUGCUACAGGCCAAGAAAAAGUUGGAAAACACACUGGAUCGUCGAACAUCUUUUGAGAAAUUCACACGCAAUGUGGCAUUACAGACUCCGAGGGACUCUCUAGCCUUUCGAUGCCUCCAUUUCGAAAACUGUCUGCUCACUUCCUCCUUCAUAUCAAGCUGGAUCUGUGUCUUUUUAUUUUCUGCAAGCUCAAGUACAGUGAAAAAAAAAGCUUCUGCUAGGCACAGUUUAUUAAAAAAAUACGUCAAUCAAAAAACUGGAAGAAAUGUAAAAAAUGCAUAUAUUAAUAAAUAUACAUAUGGCAUCACAUUUAUUGCACAAUAAAUUAGCACAGAAGGUUUCAUUUCACUGAUGUAUUCACAUUGAGAAAGAAAGCCUGUGUCUUUGUCUGUUGUCUGUAUAUUCUCUGUUAAUGUUUCUUGCAUUUAUUUUUAUACCAUAUUUAAAAAAGAACACCUUUUACUCCAGAUGUAUUAAAGUUGAUCCUUUCUCUGUAAAUUUGUGUAUGUUUAUAUUGUUGUUUUAUCUUUCAUUAAAAGAUGCAGAAUCUC